GUUAUUAUGCAGACGUUGUGUUGUCGCUGCGUGGCUGCCUGGUUGGUAUUUGGAUUUGUUGGUGAUUAUGGUAAUCCCAUGCACUUGCGCCUGAUUAGAUAUGUAUGCGUCGCGGCGGUCUCUUGUGUUCCUGGUAAUAAAAAAAAACACUGGCUGGUCGCGGCUGAGCGGGUCUGUUCUUGCCGCGCGCAGGGAUGUUGUGUCUGGUCGCUGGCGGCAUCCGCGACGCCGGCAUCCAUCUCACAAUCGCAAAAUAAUCACAUUACAUUAUCCGCUUCACUGGCUGACUGGUGAGACGCGGCGCGCUUGCCGUCCUGUACAGUGUGCAGCACAAUUAAAAUCAAUGCUGUCGGCCGUGAAGAUUUAUUAGCAGCCAGCUGUACUGCAUAUCUUGAUGAACCCGCUUUGCUUACGAGUACGUACGACUGUAACAGAUGGGCCUUCACGCGCAUUGGCGGCCGUCUCCUGUACGAGGCUACAGUGCUGCACCGGCUAUACGCUGACCGAUAUGCACUUUAAUUUAUACUGUACUGUACACACUGAUUCAAGUUUCAACAGCAUCUUGUACCGGUAUAUAUUAUUUAAUUUACAGUAUGUACCGGUAAAUACUCUGGGAAAAACAAUCAUGUUGGUUAAUAAUGUGGCUGGCGGCGGUGAUCUUUGGACUUUCCCUUUUUGCCGUCCGGUCCAGCCAGCCAGUAGAAUUUGGCUAGGAUAAGUAAGUUGUCGGUCGGCGUAGUGUUAAUACAAUCUUAUUAAAUUUGCCUUUGCCAAUUGGCGUAUGGGUUGCGACGUUGUUGUUCACAUUCGGCUGAACAGUUCGCUUCCACAGCGUCAACAGCUGACAUGACAUGGCUGGUCAGAUCUAGACAUGCAAAUCAAAUUACAUUAUUCCCUCGUGGUGCUGCCAACAAAAAACUUUCUCCACCUUUUUUGCAUGGUUCUUCGUAACAACGAUUCCAAGUCCGCGCAUGCAUUCGUUAUUCAGAUGCGCAAUUACCGUACGAGUACUCGUUACAUAUUAGCGAUUGCCGGCACGAUAGCGAUUUCCUUAUCCAUUCAUAUCUGGUGAAUACUUAUUUAUUUAUCACUACUGCCCAAGUUUUUCUAUCACCGCUGCCGCCGUCUGCCAGCUGUACGGCACUGCGGCACCGAUGAUGUUGUCCGCCGUGUCAAGGUAUCCCCGGGAAUUCCAUAGCCGCAGAAUGGAACGGAUUUUGUUUAUUGUACGGCAGUUCAGUCCGCAUCAACCGGAAGCACGCAGCGUUAGCGUACGCUCAUAAAACAGCAGUGCUUUUAAUGUAAGUUUCUUCAUAUUGCAAUGGUUUAUUUGAUUUAUCUGGCGGAUUAAUCUGCGGCUCUAAUUGAUUCGCAGCGCGAUUGUUGUGUUGAUUUGGACUGCAUUCACAGAGUUUUUUUGCACUCUUUGUCUGGUGGGUUUAUCUGUGUUACGGAGGGAGAUGUGCAGCUACAGAAUGGAUUAUAAUAAUAUAUUAAGGAGAGCGGCGGCCGCAUGGAUGUAUCCCUGGCUGUACUACACCUUGCUAACGCUGUGCCUGCUGAGCAGUACAUCCCUCUGCCGGCACACCUCCAGCGCCCCGCAUCCCCAGCACGCCACGCCCAUGCACCGCCACCACAACCGGACGUGCAAAGGGGGCGGGGUCAGCGUAGCGGCCGCUGACCGGCAGAGCAGUAGUGCGCCGGCGGCGCUGGCGAGCGGCAGUUGCCUGACCGCCGGGCCGACGUUAUUAAACCGGGCGGUGCGGGAAGACUCCUUCAAGAAGGACAUGCUGAACAAAUUGGGCUUCCGCGACGGACGAAUACCUCAGCUGACAGAGGCCCAGAAGCGCAAUCCCUCGCACAUCCACUCCAUCAGGAAGCACAUCGAGGAGAUCAUGCAGCGCCAGCAGGAGGAGGAGCCGGACGAGGCCAUCUUCCAGCCCAGUCGCGUUGUUCUUUUUCCGGAGCCGCUGCCCAGCGAGUGGAACGUGCCAGCGGAGAUGCGCAACCACUCCUUCUUCUUCAACGUGACCACGCACGUCCGCAAGUCGGAGCAGGACAAGAGCAGUCUGCACGUGUACAUCCGCGGGACGGGCGGGGACGAGGCCAAAGGUCACCUGCUGCUGCAGCCGCUGAAGAUGCGCGCGGAGCUGCUGGUCCGGUCGGGCGGCGCGGGCGGCAGUCUGCGGGUGGACCCGGUGUGGACGCAGGAGGCCUCGCGCGUCGUCGAGCUGAAGAAGCACGGCCAGUGGGCGGAGUUCCGGCUCAGCAAGUUCAUUUCCCACUGGCGCCAGGACCACGACGUCGCCGGCAACUACGGCCUCCUUGUCUCCGCCCUGGACGCCGAGGGCACCAACUGGGCGCUACUGCAUCCCGCGACGGAGGAUGAAAAAAGCUUUGGCAUGUACCUGGACGUGAUGGUGCGGCCCAAGCCGAAGCGGAUCCGGCGCGGUCUGCAGCCCGACUGCUCGGAGGACAAGCCGGGCAACUACUGCUGCCGCUACCCGCUGCAGAUCAACUUCACGGCCAUGGGCUGGGGCUUCGUGGUGCACCCGCGCACCUACGAGGCCUACUACUGCAGCGGCCCCUGCGGGACGGCCGCCGACCGCAGCACCUUCAACCCCGCCCUGCACUACGCCCACCUGGCCAGCAACGCGCUGGCCGAGACGGAGAAGACGCGGCCGCGUCGCCAGCAGGACCAGGACGCCAACGUCGGGCCCUGCUGCACGCCCAGCCGCGCCCUGGACAUGGAGAUCAUCUACUACGGCGAGAACGGCGAACUGGUCACCGGCAUGCUGCCCGGCAUGUCCGUGGCGCGCUGCGCCUGCGCCUGACCGCCGGGUCGCCGGUGAAAAAUUCCCCUUUUGGCCGGGACGUCCCGGUUCAUCCCUGCCGGAUGUCAGCCGACGCCCCGGGAUCUCUGACAAAGUGACUGCCGAGUGUGUGUGCGCGGAGAAUACGUUGCCGGCAUGACUGUGAAGCGUGGGACAGCGCGUGACCUUUGUGGAUAUAUAUAUGCGUGACCUUUGUGGAUAUAUAUACGCAGUUAAGCACGAUACACGCGUACAUUGUUACGCGUUGUGGGCGUGCUGCAGCGAGCGGACGAUGCUGUGUGUCUUUCACGUGUAGAGCUACUAGUUCAUUCGGUUCAGUUCAUUGCGGUUCCCUGCCUGGCCAUGAUCUUCGCUGUAUAGCUCAGCGUCAGCGCUCUAGCUAGCCUAUUUAUUCCGCUGAUGGCAGAUUAAUUGCUUUCGUGGAUAUACGCGUUCUCCCAAAUUUGUCUGUGUCGCUACCGACUGUGUUAUGAUGCUGGCUGGUCUGCGCCAUAUUUGCGCAUAAUUCUUUUCUUUACCUAUUAACAGGACAGACGCAAUUACCGCGGUACGUGCUACAAAUCUCGAUGCUGCUAGUGGAAUUAACGGUUUGCUUCAUAGAAGCCACUUAAUACAGUAUCUGUAUGCUGUGCUGUACAAGCAGCGCCCAAUUAUUGCAAGCACAUGUUGCCCUUGUUCACAAUCGGUCAAUUAAAACUGAUUACA